AUGCUCUGCCUCUGCCUUCCCCGCCGGGGGUGCGGCGCUCGCCGGGUCUUGCGGCAGAGGAGUCACCGCCUCCUGCCGCUCUCCACUCCGACCGCUCGGGGGCGCCAUGCUCUGGCGCCCUCUGACACGGCGCCGGAGAGACGCUCUUGCUUCGGGGUCGGCGAGUCGCGCCCCGCCUCCCGGAAGCGCUCCCGUCACGUGACGCAGCGCGAGUCGCUGCCUUGGAAACGCGCGGCGCUGCCGGCUUCUGGGGGCCGCGAUGCUGUGCGCUGGGGGUGCUCCGGUCCCGGUGGGCGGCCCCUGCGGCCGGGACCGUCGCUUCUGGGCGGCCUAGGAGGCGAGAUUCGGGCCCGAGGGGUCAGCACGCGCUGGGCCCCGGUGGGCGCCGCUUUCAAUGUCAAGUCCCAGGGCCGCGGCCUGGACCUGUUCGGCGAGCGCCGGGGUCUUUUUGGAGUGCCUGAGCUUAGUUCCCCAGAAGGAUUCCGCAUUGCACAAGAAAAUGCCCUGCGAAGGACGGACUGGCUAGUGGAGCGGGCUUGUACUCUGCCACCUGGGCCUGGCAUCGUGCUCCUAUUCGACGAGCUCUCGGAUUGCUUGUGUAGCGUAGCUGACUUGGCUGACUUUGUGAAGAUUGCUCACCCAGAGCCAGCUUUCCGAGAUGCAGCUGAAGAAGCCUGUCGAAAUAUUGGCACCAUGGUUGAAAAGUUGAACACAAAUGUAGAAUUAUAUCGAAGUUUGCAAAAAUUACUAGCUGAUAAGGAACUUAUGGAGUCCCUUGAUCCUGAAACCAGACGAGUGGCUGAACUGUUUAUGUUUGAUUUUGAAAUCAGUGGAAUUCAUCUAGAUGAAGACAAGCGUAGAAGAGCAGUGGACCUGAAUGUUAAAAUCUUGGAUUUGAGUAGUAAGUUUCUUAUGGGGACCAACUUUCCUAAUAAGAUUGAAAAGCAGCUCUUGCCUGAACAUAUCCGCCGCCACUUUGUACUUGCUGGAGAACAUGUCAUAAUCGAUGGCCUGCAUGCAGAAGCCCCAGAUGACUUGGUACGAGAAGCUGCUUAUAAAAUUUUUCUUUAUCCCAGUACUGAACAACUUAAAUGUUUGGAAGAAUUGCUCAGUAAUCGAGAUCUUCUGGCAAAAUUAGUAGGCUAUUCCACAUAUUCCCACAGAGCUCUCCAAGGAACAAUAGCUAAAACUCCAGAGACUGUCAUACAGUUCCUUGAGAAGCUAUCUGACAAACUCUCUGAAAGAACUCUGAAAGAUUUUGAGAUGAUGCAAGCGAUGAAAAUGAAACUAAAUCCUCAAAAUUCUGAACUAAUGCCCUGGGACCCCCCUUACUACAGUGGUGUGAUCCGUGCAGAGAGGUACAACAUUGAACCCAGCUUAUAUUGCCCAUUUUUUUCCCUGGGAGCAUGCAUGGAAGGCUUGAAUAUAUUGUUUAGUAAACUGCUAGGGAUUUCGCUGUAUGCUGAGCAGCCUGCCAAAGGAGAAGUUUGGUGUGAAGAUGUCCGGAAGUUGGCUGUUGUUCAUGAAUCUGAGGGAUUGUUGGGGUACAUUUAUUGUGAUUUUUUUCAGCGAGCAGAUAAACCACAUCAGGAUUGUCAUUUUACAAUUCGUGGGGGCAGAGUAAAGGAAGAUGGAGACUAUCAACUACCAGUUGUAGUUCUAAUGCUGAAUCUUCCACAUUCCUCAAGAAAUUCUCCAACUUUAUUGACUCCUGGAAUGAUGGAAAAUCUUUUCCAUGAAAUGGGACAUGCAAUGCAUUCUAUGCUUGGACGCACACGUUACCAACAUGUUACUGGAACCAGGUGCCCCACUGAUUUUGCUGAGGUCCCUUCCAUUCUGAUGGAAUACUUUGCAAAUGACUAUCGAGUGGUGAGCCAGUUUGCCCGACAUUAUCAAACUGGGCAGCCACUGCCCCAAAAUAUGGUGUCACGUCUCUGUGAAUCUAAAAAGGUCUGCGCAGCAGCUGAUAUGCAACUUCAGGUAUUUUAUGCCACUCUGGAUCAAAUUUACCAUGGAAAGCAUCCUCUGAAGAAGUCAACCACAGACAUUCUCAAGGAAACACAGGAAAAAUUUUAUGGCUUACCAUAUGUUCCCAAUACUGCCUGGCAGGUUCGAUUUAGCCACCUCGUAGGCUACGGUGCCAAAUACUACUCUUACCUCAUGUCCAGGGCGGUAGCGUCUAUGGUUUGGAAGGAAUGUUUUCUGCAGGAUCCUUUUAACAGGGCUGCAGGGGAGCGUUACCGUCGGGAGAUGCUGGCUCAUGGAGGUGGUAGGGAGCCUUUGCUCAUGAUCCAAGGUAUGCUUCAGAAGUGCCCUUCCACUGACGACUUUGUAAAUGCCCUGGUUUCAGACUUGGACCUGGACUUUGAAACUUUCCUCAUGGAUUCUGAAUGAUAACAUCUCGAACCUUUUAUAUCAUGAUCAUACCAAUAUAAGCUUUGCUGCAGGUGUACAGCUGUGAACUUUUGUUUCUGAUAUCAGUAUUCAGUUCUGGUGUGACUUCUGAAAAGCCUUACCUGAUGGAAGUUUAAAUAAAUAAUUUGUUUACAUUA